AUGGUGAACAUCGCCAUUGCCGGAGGAACUGGCGGCGUUGGGCGUAGCAUUGUGGAUGCACUCAGAAAUGAUCCGAGACACUCCACCAUCAUCCUCUCUCGUACGGAAGCGGCAGAAGAUAAAGCUGGAGUCCCUGUUGUGGCAGUUGAUUACGACGACAGAACGUCCCUGCAGACGACCUUGGAAACCCACGAGAUCCACACCGUGAUAUCAGCUCUAGCCCUCCACAUCAUUGGGGUUGGCCAGGCUCAAAUCAACCUCAUUCAAGCAGCCGACAAGAGCAAUUGUACGCAGCGUUUCAUUAGUAGUAGCUGGGCAGUUAGACCGUCGAGUCAGUAUUUGAAUCUUUUGCCACACGGGUUCCAGCACAUUGCUUCUUACAGCGAGCUGGAAAACUCACGGCUUGAAUGGACAGCAUUCAAUUGCGGGUGGUUCCUCGACUAUUACGCAAUGCCCCAUGUCGAGACAUACAUUCCGCAAACAACCUUUGUUGUUGACAUGGCCAACAGGCAAGCAUCCAUACCUGGAGAUGGAAAACAAAAAAUGACAUUCACCUAUACCAAAGACGUCGCCAAAUUCGUCGUGGAAGCUCUCGACCUAGCCACAUGGGAGCACGACACAUAUCUCAUUGGCGACGAAAUGACCUGGGAAGAAUUCAUUGCAAUUGCCGAAGAGGCUCGUGGAGGGAAGAAGUUCCAUGUCACAUACGAUAGCGUUCAGAAGCUCCAAUCUGGCGAGAUCACGGAGCUGCCAGGCCAGGUUGCUGCAUACUCGUACUUCCCGAAACAGUGGGCUCAACAGCUAUUCUCCACCUUUGGUUUCUGGGUCACUGAAGGUCUCUUCGAUUUCCCAAAGGACAGGGCCUUGAAUCAGGUAUUCCCACACCUAAAGGUUACUGGAGUGAAGGAAAUGCUUCAGAACUCAUGGGAAGGUCGGUAG